GGGGGGAACGAUAUAAAUACGAGGAUGGUUUUGGCGAAAGUUAAAACAGCGACAGUAGAAGUGACCAGAUAUCAACAGGCUGCUUAAGUACGGCAAAAUAAUGAUGAGAAUCGUGGUGGGCACUUGCCUCUUUCUGGUUCUGCUUGUAGGCGUGAACGCUGGUUGGACGUCCUGGCUAGAUCGAGACGACCCGUCAGCUAGCGGCGACUGGGAGACAGUCGGCAGCUUUAAAACCAAACCGUGCAAUGGCCUUGCAACCAAAAUAGAAGCCCGGAUAAAGGGAGAUAACACUGUGAUUUUGUCAUCCAGCGAGCGAAUCAGCGUGGGUCCGGACUACGGACUUGUGUGUAAAAAUGCCGAUCAGUACGAUAGAAGAUGUCCCAACUACCGUGUCAACUACCUCAUUCCUCGAAUGUCGAAGACGUUUGACAGAGAUCGACCUUCGGCCACUGGCGACUGGGAAGUGAAGAGUUUGGAGAAAGGCAGUGACUGGAAAGACGGCGAAUUCAUCUACUGGUACGCAAAUGAUGGCAACUACGGUUUGGUGAACGAGCGUUUGGAGCUGGGGCCUCGUUACGGACUUGUCUGUCAGAACAAGAACCAACCGGAUAAUAGAUGUGGAGAUUACCAAGUCCGGUUCUUCUGUUAGUAACUACUAAUUAUAGGACACUAUUCGUUACUCACAAUGACUAAAAUCUUAAGUGUUGUAUGCCUUAAGUGGGCGUUCCCGUGUAAUAUUUACAUUUUGAAAAUGUACUUUUUGCAUUUAUAUGCUAAUAUUGUGCUCAUUAUUUUGUCAAAUCGGUUGUCCAUCUUUGUGCGAGGAACUUCAUUUGUACAUUAUUUAUAACCAGAGCGCGAUAAGCUAAAACUGGAUGAAAACGAAGAUGUGUUUACAGAAAUACUGUGAGUAACAAACGUUGACUGACUGGAAUAGAGGAAUACACUGUGGUUUGUACAGACUGAAUAACUUUCUGUGAUAUCAUCGGUAAAUCAAUAAACUAUUACCAUUACUACCAUUA